AUGACUACUCCUCCUCACGUCGAUCCAUCCACCAGCACUGGUGAGAUUUCUCGCCAGAUCUCUCCUUCCCACGUCGAUCCAGUCGACACCAUCACCACCAACAUGCCUGAUGCUCAGGUCGAUGCCCAGCCCGUCAACAGUGAAGAAUCUCUCGAGAUCGCCAACUUCCAGGACGAUGUCCAGCCCGGAACUAUCCAGAACGACAUGGAUGACGAGGAAGUCCAGGUCGAUUCUGCCCCCGACACCACCGAUGACGAGAACCGUGACGAUGAGAGCAGUGAGGAUGAAACUCCUCUUGUCGCUCCUUCGCCUGUCGCAUACCUUUCCAACCAGCAGCGCGCUGACUUGAACUACCGUGGCAAGCGCCAGGCCAACACUCUGAUCGACAGGAUCAUUGCCAACUGGGAGCCCGCGUCGAUUGGCGGCACAGUCUCGACCUGGACCCGCAGUCCCAGAGGUAACCAGAGUGUCGCUGCCUCCAACCAAGGUCUCAUCGACAUCCUGGAAUUGCAGGGAAGAUUCGUUAACGAGGGCGUCAACAAAGGCGGAAGAAUCUUCAAGAAGGUUGACAGACAUGGCAAGGCUCUGAAGAUCGACGUGAUGAAGGGUAAGAAGGGUCACAAGAAGAGAGUCCGUGUCACCAGUACUUGCUCUGUCAUCGACUCGGCUCGGGAUGCAUUCGAAGCUGUCUACGACCUCAAGAAUUCUGAGCAUGACGUCGAUCAGGGCACCAAGAAGACCCGCGCCGUCCUCAGCAGUUCUGAGUAUGAGGUCGAUCAGGGCAUCAAGAAGACCCGCGCCAUCCUGAAGCGCUACGUCGAUGGCCCUCGCAAGAGAGUCAAGGGAAACAAGGGAAAGAAGAAGGUUCAGGACGAUGAGGACGAGGACGAAGGCAGUGGAGAAGACAUCACCUGUGUCGGUAUCGACAAGACUCUCAAGAAGGACGAUGAGGAUGACAACGACGACCCUGAGGGUAACGGCGGCGGCGUCUUCGACUUCGUUCCUAGCGGUAUCACCGCCUAA